AGACAUGAGUGCAUAGCUCACAAGGCAAGAGGUUGUCCACAGAUGGUGUCACUUUUGGGCUGCUCCUGGGACCUUCUGAGUGACCAUGGCUGGGGAAAUCGUUUAUGCUGAUUUAAAACAUCUUGGGGAUGUUUCUUCUGCUGAGAAGCAUCGUGCACCUGCCUUGUGUCCAUGGUGGCACGGGCUCCUCCUCAUAGCCGGUGGGCUGGGGCAACUCAUCCUGUUGGUCCUGGUGGUGCUGCUGAAUGUGCGGGUUUUUCAGUGCUCCCUGCAGCCAGCAGUGACAAGCGUUCCACAGCUAGGCAGUGAGAUCCAGGGAAGGAACCAGAUGGAGCAGUGCAUGUUUUCAUCCCUGGUGCAGUAUUUCUGCAAGCCCCGAGGUGACAGCCCCACAGCCUAUGCUGGCUGCAAGCUGUGUCCCCAGGACUGGCAGCUCCACGGGGAGAGAUGCUACUGGCUUUCUGAGGAAUUGGGAAACUGGACUCGAGGCAUGAAAAGCUGUGAAAAUCAGGACUCCCAGCUGGUGGUGCUCCAGGACAAGAAAGAGAAGGAGCACAUCAAGACUAUUGCAGGCAAAAGCCCACCACCGGUGUGGAUUGGACUAAGGUCACAUCAGAAGGCAUGGAGAUGGGUGGACAACACACCUUUCAACCCCAAAAUGCUUGGCACCUCUCUGCAGGAGAUGGGUGAAGGGUGCGGGACACUGAGAGCCAAGGACUUCGAAGUUUAUAGAUGUGAUGCUGAACACAAAUGGGUUUGCAAAAAAAACCCUUUCCUACUCUGCUCUGUUACAGCAGGAGAUGAGGAGAAAAGCAAUGCCUCCAUCUGACAAGCACCCACCGCAAAACGCCCAUCCCACAAGACACUUGCUGCCAUUAUUUGGGGUGAAAUAGCCCCAUCCUCACUGUUACAGCUUUGUGGGAGAUUAAAGGGUUUGCAAAUCCUCUUGCCAGGAGGAUCAAGACCAGUUUUGGGGGCACAGAUGAGCCCCUGAGCUGGAGAAUCAGAAAGGUCUGUGCCUCAGGCACAGUGUUGAUAGAGCUGUGGCAUCAAUAAAAGCUUAUCAAACUGGUUUGCUUCAAUUCAUUGAAAUAACAUAGGCAAGAGCACAGAUGGCACAUCAUGCAAAGUUCAUAUAUAAACAUUGCAAAUUUCAACUCAAAACAGCUUUUGUGAGUGACAGAUGUUACCCAUAUGCAUCUCUCCAGGUACAGCUGAGAGUGUCAGCACACUGAUGCAGGCAGCUGGGUUUUGCCCAAGUUUUGAGGAU